AUGUCUGAGAGAUAUACACAAAUUGCUGCCGACCCACGCUGCCUCAGUGUGCCUGAGCUCCAGAACCAUCCUGAAGAGGAAUGUGAGGUGAUCAGGAGAAUAGAGGUGGACACAGAAAUGCUCCAAUCUUACCAGCCUAAAAGGAGUGAAAAGAAGUUUUACUCACACUCAAUGGUAGCACCGAAGGGGUCCCAUCAAUCAAGAAGGGGGCACUCCUAUUUGCAAGAAGAGACAGUAGAUAGGAGGGCCAUUGAGAGCCACCACAAAGCACAGCAAAACACACAAGUGGACCAGGCUCCUGUAGUUCGAAGAAGGGUUAUAGAUGUAAGGCAAGAAACAUUACUCCAGUCACAAAUAAAGAUGCUUCGGCUGGAGUUGCAAAAAAAAGAUGCUGAGAUUGCCAGACUUCCGGUGUUGGGUGACACUUCGACUCGGAGACUAAAGGAGUAUCGAGAGAGAGUGCUUCACCUAAUAAGAGACUUGCAGCAAGCUCAUGAAAGAGAAAGGACCCUGAACCAGCAAGUGACCUCUCUUCAAACAUCAUUUAAUAAAACACAAGACGAGGCUAAACAGCUGCAGGAUGAGAGCAUCACAAAUGAAAGGGACAGGAGCCUCUUGACUGAGAAGGUGGCGAGUCUUGAAACAAGACUGGAUGAAAAAGAAAAUGAAAAUGAAAAUUUGGUGGCAGAAAUUGACGAUUUGAAGGAAAGGAAUUGGAGUCAAGAAAAGUAUUAUCAAGAGAAAGUGUUUCACCUCACAACAGCCUUGGAACAAGCUCAGGACAACGAAAGGACCCUGAACCAGCAAGUGACCUCUCUCCAAACAUCAUUUAAUAAAACACAAGACGAGGCUAAACAGCUGCAGGAUGAGAGCAUCACAAAUGAAAGGAACAGGAGCCUCUUGACUGAGAAGGUGGCGAGUCUUGAAACAAGACUGGAUGAAAAAGAAAAUGAAAAUGAAAAUUUGGUGGCAGAAAUUGACGAUUUAAAGGAAAGGAAUUGGAGUCAAGAAAAGCAUUAUCAAGAGAAAGUGUUUCACCUCACAACAGCCUUGGAACAAGCUCAGGACAACGAAAGGGCCCUGAACCAGCAUUCAGAGGAAACAAUCAGCAAGCUCAGAGAAGAGCUCAAGGCAGCCUUAAAAGAUCUUCAGGAACAUCAGGAGUUGCUAAAUGAUCGUGAUGAGCAACUUGCAGAUAAGCUGGAUGAACAAAAAUCUCUGGCAGAGGGGCGUGCAGAAAGAAUUGAAAACAUGAAGUCGAAAAUCCAUAAUCUUCAGAGUGAAUUGUUUGGAUCUGAUCUAGAACUUGGUGAAAAGAAUAGAACGAUAAGAAAGCUGAAGAGGGAAAUUGCCAAUCUGCAAGAAAUCACAGAAGAUCUGCACACCCACUACACACAUUCAGAGGAAACAAUCAGCAAGCUCAGAGAAGAGCUCAAGGCAAAGCAGGAGGAAGAGAUACUAGCGUCAAGUGAAAGACAUCUUAACUCCACUGGGGUGCAGACAGACGAGAUAUCACCUGACCUCGAGAUAUCACCUGAACCUCAGCAGCUGGAAACUCCUGCUGCUGAGGCUCAGAGUGAAAGCCUGUGGAAGCGCUCUUGCAGAGGUGCACUGAGAGUAGGCAAGUUCAUUGGUGUGUCCUCUGCAUGUGCACUUGUUGCAGUGGGUAUGCUGUCCAGUGGAUUGAUUGCUCAUUGUGAUUCAAACAAUCCAUACGGCCCAUGUGAUCCUUUCUCCCACCUGUUGGAAUUAUUGACUAUUGACAACACAGAACACCCCUUUUAA